UGCCACAGGAGGCCAGGCUGCAGGCCGCACUUGCAACUGGUGAGCAGAAAUGGAGUGCCGAGCCAGAGACCUCAGGCCCGGCCUACUCCAGUUUCACAGGUUCUAGCAGUCAGAAGGAAGAGGUGAAGGACAAGGAAAAGAAGAUUAAAGAUAACAGAGUGACCGGAGAAGCAAACAAACAUGUCCAUGACAGAGACACAGGAGUUUGAAGACAAUCCAGAGAAAAGAAAUGCUCUCCGAUGGCCUGACUUGCCUUCAGUCUGCUGUAGGCGGAGACUGUCAGCAGGUGUAGUCGCGCACUUUUUAUAUAUAAAUGAAAGGUGAAACUGGAGGAAGUGUCACAAGUGGCACAAUCAGGAAUGACCAGCACCCAAGGUAUGCUUCCUAGGUGUGAACAGUAUGUGGGUGGGACAAACAGCGAGAGAUCCCAGCGAAGCUCUGUGCUGACUGCAAGCCAGUCCUCUUCCAGGGUUCUCUACCAUAACAGCCUACAUCCCCUCAUCCCAAACAUUCUCCUGUUUCUCCUGGCAGAAUGAGAAUCCUGAGGCGCGUGGGAUCAGCGGUGAGAAAAUGCAAGAGCGUGUAAGGCCGUUCAGACAGCAGAACUACUACAAGCUAAAGCGCAACUGCCUGAAACAUGGGGUGCUAUUUGAAGAUCCUCUUUUUCCACCCACUGCGGAGUCCCUGUACUACAAAAGAACUCCACCUAGUGAUAUCGAGUGGAAACGGCCUUCGGAGAUCUGCAGGGAUCCGAGGCUUUUUGUGGAUGGCAUCAGCUCUCGAGAUCUACAUCAGGGCAGCCUUGGGAACUGUUGGAUGGUUGCUGCCACCUCCUGUCUUGCCACAGAACCUGCUGUCUGGAAAAAGGUGAUUCCAAAUUACAGAGAACAGGACUGGAAUCCUAAGCACCCAGAAAAAUAUGCUGGAAUUUUCCACUUUCGUUUCUGGAGGUUUGGUUUCUGGAUUGAUGUGGUCAUUGAUGAUCGCCUACCCACAAGCAAAGGAGGAGGAUUGUUGUUCUGCCGAUCUAACAAUGAAAAUGAGUUCUGGUGUGCACUGCUGGAGAAAGCAUAUGCUAAAUUAAAUGGUUGCUAUGAAGCUUUGGAAGGUGGUAACACAGCAGAAGCCCUGGUUGACUUCACCGGUGGGAUAUCUGAACCAGUCUGCCUUGACCAAGGCAAAAUUUCAGAAGGUCAAGAUGAAAGAAAACAUCUCUACAAGAAUCUGAUGAAAGCUUAUUCUAGAGGUGCCCUAAUCAGCUGCUCCAUUCGACCAGCACAAGGGGAAGCCCUUGAAUCCCAGAUGGGUUGUGGCCUGGUCAAAGGUCACGCAUAUGGUGUUACGGAGGUUAGAAAAUUACGACUCGGUACUGGUCUGUUGUCAUUUUUUAGGACAAGUCGUCUGUAUAUGAUUCGCAUGCGCAAUCCUUGGGGGACAACAGAAUGGAGUGGACCAUGGAGUGAUGGGUCACAAGAGUGGAAUCAAGUCAGCAAACAUGAGAGAGAAAAGCUGGGUGUGACCGUCAGCGAUGAUGGAGAGUUCUGGAUGAACUUCGAUGAUUUCUGCUCUUACUUCACUGACUUGGUGAUUUGCCGUCGGAUCAAUACCUCUUUGCUCAGUUUCCACAAGACAUGGCUGGAGGCAUGCCUCUUUGGGGAGUGGGUCCCUGGCCAGGGUCUCAACAACCGAAGUGGAGGUUGUAUAAACCACCGCGAUACUUUUUUACAGAACCCGCAGUUUAUGUUUGAGGUGGUCCACAAGGAAGACAUUUUAUUCUGCCUGCAGCAGGAAGACAGACGAGCAAUGAGGAAGGAAGGGAUAGGAGAGAACCUGGCCAUUGGCUUUGAAGUCUUCCAAGUGGAAGUGAAUCGUAAGUACCGGCUCCACACCAUUCCACCAAAGGCUGCAAGUUCUGUCUACAUUGACUCGAGGAGUGUGUUUCUGAGAACAGAACUGAAGCAGGGCAGAUACAUAGUCAUUCCAACCACUUUUUCAGCUGGGGAAAAGACCAAAUUCCUACUGAGGAUGUUUACAGAGACAAAAGCCAAUUUCAGGGAGGUGACCCUGGAUCAGCCAAAACCUUCCUUUUGGCGCUGCUGUUGGGGAUCUUAUUGCCGUGUCACAUCCAUUCACCUUCAAAGUGCUGUUGGAUUGGUGCUACGAGGAGCAAGCAAAGACCCAGAUGUGUUUGCCAUGAUCAAGUGUGAAGGAACCUCAGUAAGGUCAACCGUAUUUAAAUCUUCAAGCAGCCCUGAUUUCAAUCUUAAAGCCAUCUUUUACCGAAGAAACCCCCGUCGACCAAUCAAGAUUGAGGUCUAUUCCAAAGGUUUCUUCAGGAACAUCCUACUGGGAUGUGUUUCAGUGGAGGCUGCUGUUAACGAAAUGGGGAAAAGCCAAGUGCUGAGUCUGCAGGACAGCAAAAGAGGUAGCAGAGCAACAGGCUCCGUCCUCAUCGAGACCUCUUCCAGUGACUGUCUGACAGAUUUAUGAAGUGCCUCCCCUUGUGAGCUGGACCAAGAUCUACCCCUGAAGAGAAUGGGAGUUCAUUCUGAUGGACAUGUGACUUCUGCAUCCAAGGUGGAUUGGACAAGAAGCCCAGUCGGUUAGGAAUGCUUCUUUCAAGCAGAUGCCAUGAACGAUGGUAUUAAUCCAGGGUGGUGGGGUGGUGGACUCUCAUACACUUUUUUUUAUUUUAAAAGUGAACGGCGUCAAAUAUGCCAUACUAAAUCAAUUGAAUUUUGUAUACUUAGACUUACUUAUACUUAAAUUGAGGUGCUGGGCAUCCAAUGGAUUUGACAGGAUCCUAAGAAGAGUCUCCUCAGCAAUCAUUUGAACUUUGGGGGCAAACUUGGAACUUUGAAGGCAACAGCAUAUUGUGCACCACAAGAUAACUCCUGUUUGAGACAGACAACAGGGAAACAGGAAGAGCCCAAAUAUGUUACAAAUUGUACAGAGUUUACAUACUGUAGUAGCAGACAAAGUAAAUUGAUACGCAGCACCACAAAGUCACCAUCACUAAGGAAGACACAAAAGUGUCAGUCAGCUGGUUAGUUAUUUUCUAACCCACUUAGUCCUGAACAGGGUCACAAGGGUCUGCUGGAGCCUAGUCUCGCUAGCAUAGGGCACAAGGAAGGGACAAACCCUGGGCAGGGCACCAGUCCAACAAAAAGCAGUUAGACCAGAAAAUAAGCACAGGCACUGUAAGACAAACUUAAAAUGCCAAAGAGAAAAGGUAGAUUUAUAAACUAAACAUUAACUGUGACAGUGACACAGACAAGCUUGAGUAGUUAAAAUUCUGAGAAUAUAUAGGCUUAGGAAUAAGAUGUUCCUGGAAGGCCUCCACUGUCUUAAUAUCAGGUACAGAAUGAGCAUACAUGGGCCAAUUAGCAGGAAAAUACAGCUUUCCUAAUCCCUAGCCGAGUUCUGGGGAUGACAGAGUUAAAGACUGGAAAGUCACGUGGAAGGUGGUGUUCAGGCAUCGGAGAGCAGCAUUUCAAGGCUGUUUUAAACGGUUACUGGUUCAGAGAGAAAGACAGUUGCAAAGUAACUCCUGUAAUCGCAUGAAAGCUUACAAAAGGUGUGAUGGGAUGUUUCUGAAUGAAGAGAGGAGGGGAAAUGUUAUAUUUUUAUGUUUCUUCAGUGAUUUUAAGAUCUCAGACUUCUUUGAGAUACGACAUUGGAAGCUGUCAGUGCUGUCAUGGCAGUUUGAGAAGUUUAUUUUGCAAAAGCUGGGAUGUUGUGAAGGAGGAGAAGGAUUCAGGCUCCUUGAGGGGUGGAGGUGGUCCUACAAGCAGCUGCUUAGUCUUGUUUGUUUUCACCUGUCCAUUGAUAGCAAAUGUCCAUGCACUGAUGUCAUGGAGGCUGAGCUUGAGUGACAUUCAUGUAGGGCUUGGUUUCAUCUUCAUACAAGUGGAAUUUGAGGUCCUGGUGACUGGUCAGAUAUCCCAGUGCGAACAUUAGAAAAAAAGCACACCAAGAAUUAAUGCUUGUGAGCCAAGAAAAGCUAGGGGUCUACGUCACCACCAAAGACAAUUGAAUGUGUGUGACCAGACAGGUAAAAUCCAAAAGGUAAAGCACAGCUCUUCAGUUUAUUUUGGAGAAUGUGGAGGUCGACAGUAUCAAAGGUAGCAGGAUCACAGAGGGAGAUCCAUCAUCAUAAGUGAGGAGGAGAAUUUUCGUAAAGAAUGCAGUGGUGAAGCUCAAACCAUGACUGGAAAAUUCCAAAGAGAUGGUUCAUGUCUGUUAGGAGCCAAGUAAGCUGAACAGAAACAAUGGAGUGAUAAGACAGACUCCGUUAGUGGGGAAGUUCAUAAGAAUAGAAGUUAGGAUUUGAUGACGGCAACACAUUAUGUUGUAAUCAUGGUAGUUAUCAUAAGAGUUAUAGAAGAGAGCUUACUGAAUCUUGUUGAAUACAAAUUGAUUUGAACAUAAAAAUUCAAUUUUAGUACAGUAUAUUAAUUUCAAUUAAUGUGUCUGUAAUGAAACAAUCUCCCUAAACAUAAGUGCUGUACUGUAUUUCCCAGUUAGAGCUGUCCAGGUGUACUCCCAGUAAAACUCGCACCAGUUUAUUGUUAUUAGGCUGUUUAUCUCUAAUAUUUAUUUCCUCUGACUGUGCCUCUCUCUGGGUGUUAGGUGAACAGCAGGAACAAAUUUUUACCCACAGACCCAACAAAGACACCCCAGCAUGACACACAUUUGACAAUGUGGGAGGAAAACUGGAAUAGUGGACGGCCCACAGCACAAACAUGCCAACUUGAGAGAGAGGGUGCCCAGCUAUUUGGAGAAACUUCACAAGUCCUUGAUGUUGCAAGUUAAUCGUUUGUGAAACCACCAGACAAAGCAACUCCUAGGCAUACAUUUACUAGAAACUGCAUCUCUAGGACUAUCAGCUCUUUAACAGGGGGGCACUUAGUAGGUCAUUGGCUCUCCGUUCAUAAGAUUUUCCAUUAUCUUUAAGUUUGAAAUUUGUAGGCUCCAGGGCCGGAUUUAUAUGAAAAGAGGCCCUAGGCUAUUCCACUUAUGAGGCCCUUUCACCUUCCAUUUUUAUGAGAGAUAAUAAAAUUUUGCUAGCAAUUUGAAUGUAGGCCUCUCUUGAUCUUGAGGCCCUAGGCUGAAGCCUAGUUAGCCUAUAGGAAAAUCCGGCCCUGGUAGGCUCUCACUCUAUGCAGCCAUAAAUGGAAAUGACCUAGAAGAUGAAUGUUGUUCUGGGCAGGAGAGGAUUAAAUGGAAAAUGCAAUAAAUAAAAAAGUUGAACUGAUAAACAUGUGAAGGAAAGUGAAAUCAGAAUUUAUUGAGGAAGAAAAUUAAAAGGGACUUUCUAACUUACCUAAAAAAAAAAAUCAAGCUGGGACUCUCAUAGCAAUGUUUUAGUGGCCACCUGAUUUUACCAGUAAGAACAAGUAAUAAACUUUCUUAUUCAAUUUAGUACUAAGGUGUUGUACUGUGUUAGCCAUUAUAAAUAUAGUGAAAAGUCAAGCAAAAUGACACUUUUUUUUAGCUAACUGAAAAGAUUACAAUAUGAAAGUUUUCGAGGCAACUCGGGCCCCUUCAGGCAAGAUGUAAACUUUCUUAUUCAAUUGAUUAAUUUUAUUAACAAGUCUAAAUUAGCUGCUGCCUUGUGCUCACUGUUAGCAGGAUAGGCUCUGGUUCUCAUGCCCUUAAACGGAUCAAACACGGUUAUAAAAUGGAUGCAUAGAAAUCGAUUUGGACAAGUCUUAAGAAAAUGCUUUAGAUCCCUUAUGUUCUGUAUGCAGAGCAGCUAUUUUAUUAAGAUUUAAUAUACACUGUAAAAACAGUAAAGCUAAGAAAUGCUUUAUAUUGUGAGAUGUCAUUCAAAUAAAGAGAGAAAUUCUCUGCCUUUU